UUAAUUAUUAUUAUUUAUAUUUUUUGCCGUUCUUGAGCAUGGCUUCUUUACGCGUUCGUCCGCUCCGGCGCCAAAGCUUCAGGGAGCCCCGACUCGGGUUUGAGCACGUGUGAACUGCGCGGAUCUGGGAGCGGGAGGGGAGGGAAGGGGGGGGACAGAGAGCUUCGUUCCAUCUUCUCUUUCCCCCCGUGUCUCCAAAACAUGGAAGCGCUCGCUUGGAUCUGGUCCUCCUUGCUGUUUUUCUGCACUCACCAGCGCACCUGGACCAGAGCGAUGAAUGACAUUGGCGAUUAUAUAGGAUCAAACAUUGAAAUAUCGUGGUUACCUAAUUUGGAUGACUUGAUGAAAGGAUACGCCCGUAACUUCAGGCCUGGGAUUGGGGGCCCUCCUGUAAAUGUUGCCCUUGCGAUCGAGGUAGCCAGUAUUGAUCACAUCUCGGAAGUCAAUAUGGAAUACACCAUGACUGUCUUCCUGCACCAGAGCUGGCGAGACGACAGGCUUUCGUACAACCACACCAAUGAAACCCUUGGCCUCGACAGUCGCUUCGUAGACAAGUUGUGGCUGCCGGACACUUUCAUUGUCAAUGCUAAGUCGGCCUGGUUUCACGACGUGACAGUGGAGAACAAGCUCAUUCGGCUGCAGCCCGAUGGAGUCAUCCUGUACAGCAUCCGGGUUACCUCCACCGUGGCCUGCGACAUGGAUCUUACCAAGUACCCUAUGGAUGAGCAGGAGUGCAUGCUGGAUCUGGAAAGCUAUGGCUACUCCUCAGAGGAUAUUGUCUAUUGCUGGUCCGAAAACCAAGAUCAAAUCCACGGGCUGGAUAAGCUGCAACUUGCUCAAUUCACCAUCACCAAUUAUCGGUUCACGACGGAAGUGAUGAACUUCAAAUCUGGUAAACAAAGCGCUGGUCAAUUUCCCCGCCUCAGUCUUCACUUCCACUUGAGGCGGAAUCGAGGGGUUUAUAUCAUCCAGUCCUACGUGCCUUCCAUCCUUCUGGUCGCCAUGUCUUGGGUGUCCUUCUGGAUCAGCCAGUCAGCUGUGCCUGCUCGGGUCUCGUUAGGUAUAACCACCGUCCUCACCAUGACGACCCUGAUGGUCAGCGCUCGUUCCUCGCUCCCAAGAGCCUCGGCCAUCAAAGCCUUGGAUGUCUAUUUCUGGAUCUGCUACGUCUUCGUCUUCGCCGCGCUGGUGGAAUAUGCGUUUGCCCAUUUCAACGCUGACUAUAUGAAGAAGCAGAAAGACAAGCUGAAGGCCACCAAGCCGGUGGGAGAGGUCAAUGUGAAGAACGCCAUUGUUAUGUUUUCCCUCUCCAUCGCCGGCGUCAACCAGGAACUUGCUGUUUCCAACAGGCAGUCGAGGGUCCCCAAAAACCUGCCCGGCUCGCUCGGCUCCGUGGAAGUCGAAACGGGAGAGACCAAGAAGCCGCAGGAAGCGAAAGCGGAGAAGAAAACCAGCCUGAAGUCUCUCUUCAAGCCCAUUGAUGCCGAUACUAUUGACAUCUAUGCAAGGGCCGUUUUCCCAGCAGCCUUUGCGGCCGUCAAUAUCAUCUACUGGAUAGCUUACACCAUGUGAAGAGGAUGCAGGUCGGAGGCAAACUGCGUGAAAGAUCACUGAAAUGCACUGAUCCUCUCGCUGGGUUGGAUGGUUCCAACUCUGGAUGACAUUAUCGGAGCAUGUCCAAACCUGGAAAUCGAGAUGCAAAAAAAUGUGUUCUUUCUCCAUCUGCCGCUGCCAGGUCAUCGCGGACCAACUGCAGGGGGGCAGCAACAUCAUUCAUUGGCCAGUGCCUGGUUUUAUUUAUCAUUUCCUCCCCCUCUGUUUAGCACUUUCACAGCAAGACAAAUGCCCAAACUCUUUUCCAGUUGACGACAAAACUCUGGCGACACUUCUUAGGUCGAC